UCAACGCAGACGUGAUUGGUGGAAGGAAGAAAAAAAUCUUUAGGACGUGUUGUGGUUUUUAUUUUUUCAAUGCAAAGCGGGGAGUCAUGUCAUCUUAAUGGCACCAGAGUUGCGCGGCAGCCUCGUGUAAACGCAGACGGGCAGCGCGCGCGGAACGAGCUCCAGUCCUGUUGGCAGCGCGAUGAUGCGCGGCAGAGGCGGACCGGUGGCUGACGAGCUGGACCCGCUGCCGGGGAUGUCGACGGAGAGGAGCCCCUGAAUCCGGGCAAACAUAAUGGACAAACGUGCCGCUCCGUCCAUCCAUCCGCCGCCCCUCGUUCCCUCAUCGCCUCUGCGUAGUGGACGUGGAUGCCGUGUGGGCGAUGCUGCCACAAGGGAUGCUUUGUGUGUGACUGCGCCGCGAUGUUUCGCAGCCGUCGCAUAAAUUAGAACAAGAAAAGCCGAUCGGAAGGCAACAAAUCUAAGGAAACAUCACCACCUGUUACCAGAAAGGUCUGACAGCCAUGAUCCGGAGAGGCCCCCUGCCACGGCUGAGUUUGGGGAUCAACUCUUCUCUCCAUGGCUAGACCUCACUGCACAAAGAGCCGGGGGCCUUUCUGCUGAGAAUCCUUUACUGCAUAGUAGCACAUGGAUUUCAAGACUUCAAAUGAAGAGACAAAGACUGGGAUUUAUUUGAUGCAAGAAGGUAAUGAGGAGCCAUUUAAUGUUCGACUGCACUUGGCCAAAGAUAUUCUGACCAUUCAGGAACAAGAUGUCAUCUGUGUGUCGGGAGAACCUUUUUAUUCAAGUGAGAGGACUGUAACGAUCCGGAGGCAGACCAUCGGCGGCUUUGGCCUGAGCAUCAAGGGUGGAGCGGAGCAUAAAAUCCCUGUUGUCAUAUCAAAAAUUUCAAAAGAACAAAAAGCUGAGCUCUCUGGGUUGCUGUUCAUUGGAGACGGCAUCCUUCAGAUAAAUGGAAUAAACGUCAGAAGCUAUCGCCAUGAGGAAGUGGUGCAAGUUCUGAGGAAUGCGGGUGAAGAAGUGACUUUAACCGUGUCUUUUUUGAAGAAGACCCCAGCGUUUCUGAAGCUACCCCUCUGCGAGGACUGCACAUGCAUCCCCAGUGAUCAGAGUAGUGGGACCUCCUCUCCUCUGUGCGACAGUGGCCUGCACUUGAACUACCAUCCUAACAAUACGGACACGCUGUCCUGCUCCUCCUGGCCCACAUCUACAGGUCUCCGCUGGGAGAAGAGAUGGGUGGACCUGCGACUCAUUCCUCUGCUGCACUCACACCUGUCGCAGUACAUGCCCGGCUCUGACACCUGCAGAAAAAAUGCUUUCCAAGUCAUAGCUGUGGAUGGUGUGUGCAGUGGAGUUCUGCAGUUCCCCACCGCUGAAGACUGCUUGGACUGGCUUCAUGCAAUAGCGAGCAACAUUUCCAGUCUCACCAAGCACAAUGUGAAGAAGAUUAACCGGAACUUUCCAGUCAAUCAGCAGAUCAUCUACAUGGGCUGGGUCGACGAGAAGGAACAGGACUCCGUUCAGGAUCGAAUGUACACACCUAAGUUCCUCGCUUUGAGGGGUUCCUCACUUUUCAAGUUCACAGCACCCCCAGUGACAACAUGGGACUGGACCCGAGCUGAGAAAAGCUUUACUGUGUACGAGAUCAUGUCCAAGAUUUUAAAGGAAAAUGACCUUCUGGACAAGAGGAGGCACUGCUUUAGCGUCCAGACGGAGAGUGGGGAGGACAUGUUCUUCAGCGUGGAGCUGGAGUGCGACCUGCUGGUCUGGGAGAAGGCUUUUCAGAUGGCCACGUUCCUGGAGGUGGAAAGAAUCCAGUCUAAAACGUACGCUUGUAUCAUGGAGAGCCACCUAAUGGGACUCACGAUUGACUUCAGCAUGGGCUUUGUGUGCUUUGAUGCUGCUUCAAAGGCGGUUUUGUGGAGGUACAAGUUCUCCCAACUGAAGGGAUCAUCUGACGACGGAAAGAGCAAGAUCAAGUUUUUAUUCCAAAACCAAGAAUCCAAAUCUAUCGAAGCAAAGGAGCUGGAGUUCUCAAACCUCUUUGCUGUACUUCACUGUAUUCACGCUUUUUUUGCUGCCAAAGUUGCUUGUCUGGACCCCGUGUUUUUGGAGAGCCAAGGCACGGCAGCAAACGCCGGGAUUCCCUCUCUGUCCAGUCUCUCCUGCAACUCACAGACGCCCAAACUUAAAUACACCACCUGACAGGUGCUGCCCUCCCUGGAGCCUGCAAACAGUCGUGAACGUGGCCUAAAAAAAGUGAACCGGAGCUCUGGAAAACGAUCACCUUUUGACUGUCAGACAGCGGCGCGUGACGAGGGAAUAAAAGGUCUGUCCGGAAGUGCUCUGCUGGAAAUCCCAGGAUUUCUGGAAAAACUUUGGACCUGACUUUGAAUCUUUAACUCGCCUAGAGACUCUACAAUAUAAAAACGUGCAAUUAAAAGUAUUUUUAAGUGAAUUUGUCUUUCUUUGAAUUAUAGUACUUAUAGAACACAUCGUUAUGGAAAAUGCAGUACUUUUCCCAUCUCUUUUUCUAUGUAACUCUGUUAAAAACCAGGGGUCAGAUGCAUAAAACUGUAGUUUCAUGAAUAAAACUCCAUCGUUUCAGUUCAAUUUCAAAAUCUGUUUAUUUUUUUCUAGCAAAAGUCAAAAGGAUGAAAGCAGUAGUAAAGGCAAAAAGCACAAUGUUAUGUAAACGCUAUUGUUGAAGCAGAGGCAAUACAUUUGCAACCAAAAAAAGAAGAUAAGCAAUUAAUUAAACUAAAAUUCUGACAGAUCUCCAGCUAAUAAACUACCAUUUUUGAACCGACAAGUAUUUAAAGCUUUGCAGAUACAUAUACAGCUAUUACAAAAAUAAAAAUCUGCAAUCGUUUUCUGUCACUUUCUUAUUUCUAUUCAAACAAACCUGCUUUUACACACUUUUCCUUUUCCAAAUGCAGGAAAAUAUAUGCCUGUUUUUUUAUGUUAUAGUGUGUGUGCAUCAUUUACACACCUGCCCCCUGCAGUUACAGCUGAACAACAUUGAGCCCUUUCAUCCACUUAAAAUUCUGCUUCAUUUGAGCAGGGAAAUUUCUACCAAAAAACAAUAUAUAUAAGGAACAAAUUCUAUCUUUUGUACUGUAUGAAUUAAAAUGUAUUUUCCUUCUAAAUCCAACAA